AGCAGAUAAAACAGACGGCCGAGGGGGGGGAGGAAGCGGGCAACAGUAAGGACUUCUUUAAAGAAACAGGAAACUAAGGAAAUUGCAGCAAUUUCAUGGACCUGCGAGCAAGCAGGGACUGGGGGAAACGCUCACAGAUGUACAGAGAAAUGAGGGAGGACGCGGCCCCACGUGCUACCGCGGCGCCAUCUCGGUUAGGGGCAACAGCCGCCCCCCCCUCCCCGGGAAUGAGAGAAGAUGUGGGUGCCACGGCAGUUCCGCCCUCGUCCGAUGGUUUUCAUAAAGUUAUGCAUUAUGAAUCAGGCUCAGCUAAGCAAGAGCGAUACGGUUCUGGCAAAUACCAACAUCCCUUUUUCAGAAAAGGCCAAGAAGAGUUGUUGUCAAAGAUAAAGAGGAAAGUGCCUUUACCUCGUAUAGAAAAUGGUAAGAUUGAUCCAGAGGAGAUCCACAAGAUGUUAGCAAUUAUUCAUCAGGUGCAAGGAAAACAGGAUGUAAUAGAUUCCACACUUGAAUCACUAAAAAGGGAAAACAAAGCCCUUUGGAAGGAAGUUCUUGAUCUUAAACAGAAGCAAAUUCAGCAUCGACAGCUCUGUGAGGCAAAUGUUGCAUCACAGUGUCAUAACCAAACUAUGGGCCUGCCACAAAAGCCCCUUAUGAUAGAUAGCACAGGAGACUACAAUCAACAGUCUGCUCAAGAACUAGUUGACCAGAGCCAGACUGCAGAAAACCAGUGUGAUAGGACAGGAAGUGGAAACAAGUCUGAAGUUAGCAUCAAUGAAGCAUCAGUUGAAGGAGAUCAACUAAGAUUUCAGUCGGACACAUCUCGAAUGUGGACAAGGAUUGAUGAAAACAGCUGCUCAAAAAACUUCCAUAUCACUGGCACAAGUCUAGACUCCAUCAAGAAAGAAGCAAGCAGAACUGAUGCUGCUUCUAACUUCAUCUGGAUCAGCAAGGCAGACAUUAAGUCAGAACCAUUUGACCCUUCAUUGAGUGUUGUAUCUAGGCCUGGAUCCUCUUUGGCAGAAUGCUCUGGAAAGGUACAUCCAUCUGAUAUAAACUGGGUACUCAAACAUCGCAAUAGGAGUUGUGGAAGUCAAGAACAUUUAGAAUCUGAACAACCAACAGACAACAGUGGAUUAAACACAGAAGCAGAAGAUUACAGUUCUACCUGUUCAGACUCAGGGCAUAUUGAGAAGAGAAGAAAAACUAAUCACUUUUCCACCGAAAAAACUGAGCAGCACUUCAGAUGCACAAAUCUGAGCACAAAUCAGAUGCACAAUGACAGCAUGAAACUAAGUGAAAGAGUAUUGUUUUUGGAAGAAAGGUCUCUUCAGAAGCUCUCUGAAAUUUCGUCUACCUUGUCCACUCUAGCCAGUUACAUCAUGAACACAGAGAAAUCUCAAAGACUGUCCCAAGUUCAAGGAGAAUUAACUGAAAGCUAAGCCUCUUAGGGGCCACUUUUAAUUUAAGGAGAUCCUAGUAUGUGCAGAGUUUGGACUCCUAGGAAGGAACAGUCUUUCAGAUAUUUAAAUGGCGUAAUACUUCAAGGUAGCAGAUAAGCUUUAAACCUGACUGAAGUGCUAUGGACAGCAUUUGAUACUAUAAACAUUCCAGGAUGGUUUACCUGUAGUCUUCUGUGCUUGUUCAGAGGCAAUAUACAUGCAAACUCUGUGACCAACUUGUCUUUUGCCUUCAUAGUGAUCAAUAUAGACAAAUCAAUAAAGCUAAUUGGAUUUGAAAUGCAAAUCAUAGUGUUUGAGACUUGCAGGACCUGUGCCUCUUCACCUACCUUAUUACAAGAACCUCUAAAUAUCAUGCCCUUUAGUCAGGGCAAAUAGUGGUCUCAAGGAGAAUCAGAGUAUUGUGUUUAAGAUCUCUGUCACCCUGCCUCUGGCUACCAUGGAUCAUUUUCAGUUGUUUGUUUUGAAUCAUGUUUGUUUUUAAUACAGAUAUAUCUAUAGACUCUUGUCCCUUGGGCUUUGGUUUUACUCGGGGUGUGACAUAAUAAGAAUUUACACAGUUUGCAUUUUGGACUUGCAAGGGAUGGCCCAUAAGGAAGCAACAGCCCAUUGGGAAUGCUUUGCACAAGUAAUGCAUCUAUACCCCUCUUAUUUAUUCCACUGUGGUGUAAGAAAAUUGGAUGUAAGAGAAGAUAAAUGAAGUUUAUAUCCGAAGAAUGUUGUUACAUGAGCGCUAUUUUUCAUGAUGUGUAUUUGUAAAUAUAUGCAAGAAUAUUGUAGUACAGAGUAUGCAGCCCAAACUACUUCUCUUUAAACCACUUCAAAACUGAGCUUUCAUUGACCAAAACUAAGAGAAUACAGGACUGCUAUGGGAUGACCUCUUAUGCUAGAGCAGUGGGUAAGUGCAUAAGAGACUAGUGCUAUCAUGAUUCGAACCACACGAUACCAAAACAACAAGGUAGUGAUAUGAAUAGAUAUCUAGCUUUAUCCGCUUGGCUUCUUGCACAGUGUUACAUGGUGCUACCUGCAUAGCCCCCAUGGAAGCCCUAAGAAAGGGGAAAUGGCAGCAGAUGAGGCUGUUUUCUCUGUCUCUUCCCUGUAGGCAGCGCUCUCCCAGUCGCUGGAUCAGCUAGGUCUUGGGCUGGAACACCAACACGUGUAGGGUCUGUGAGUCCUGGGGAGGGGCAACAAGGUUUGGGAGGAACAGAAAAGGAUCCCAUGUAUCUUGGGAAUAAGGGUACUCCCUAAGCCCUAACAAUGCUUCUUACUGCAAUAUGAAAUCUGGUGGGGCUUUAGGGUUUAGUGAAGGGAUGGUGAGAGAUCUGUUUCUUCUCUUCCCAAAUUCCUCAGAUUUCGUGAUACUCUGUUUUAUAGCGCUAUGAUGCUGUUCUGGUGAAGGGAGAGUGCAAACACUACUGUGAAAGAUGUAAAUAGCUUGACCUGUCUCAGAACUGAGAUCAUUAUCAGAUUUCUGCAAAUUAAACGGAGGAAAAUUUUAUUGCAGAGUGGAUAAAGAUGAUGGAUAGCACUGUUCAUAAAGAUACUGAGAAGUAAAAUAGUCCCAGAUUAAAAACUGGCAAGCUCUACUAAGCGAAGGCUUGUAGAAUAGUACAACAUGAAGCUUUAAGAAACACCAGCAAGCAAUUAACUUGUGCUAGAACUAUUUGUAAUACAGUAAAACUAACUGAAGGGCUACUUAAGUUGUACAUUACAAAUAUUUCAUGCUAAUUAUUAAUAUCUUCCAAUUCUUAAGCCUUAAACCUGCACAAAACUUUUUUUCUUUUUUUUUUCCUAAAAUGAGGUCAGGGAAGGAAGACUUCCUCAGCUCUUAAAGCUGGAAAUUAAAUUAUAUAGCUUGGUGUUUUUCAAAAAGGCAAGGUUCAAUGUACGAGUGAAAUGUACAAAAAUAAGAGCAUCGUUCCACUUCUGUACAAGAAAAAGAGAUAUUUGAUACAGCAUUUUACCUCUUCAAAUAGUAACUUGAACAUAUCAUUUGAAACAUUAUACAAUUCUGCCAAUCAACUCCUGUUUUCAAGUGUAUGUCGUAAACGUAUUAACAUGUAAGACAGAAAUCAAUACUAUGUCCAGAUAGAAUCAUAGUCUUUCUGCUUACAAUGCAUUUGUAGCUAGACAAAUGCAACCUGGUAGGAGCUUGCUUACAUGUAUAUCAGAAUGAAAAAAAAUUGAGCAGUUACUAUAACCUUAUGUGCUUAUAUAUUGCUUAAGUUUUAUCAUUCCUGUUACCCUGAAGAGCUAAGCCAUAAACUUAACUGUAGCAUCUCAUCCCAGGAAUGAUCUAAUGAAUGACAACUAGUUUGUUAUAGAAUGCUGUAGCCUGCUAAUGUUAUGAAAAAGGAACAGUUGUACAAUGCAUCUCAAAAUUGAAAUACUUCAUCCUAUUUUCCUGUAAACUACCAGACUAUUAGUUCUCAAUGUCUUUUUUUUUUUCUGUGCCAUUGUACUUUGCACACUGUCUGUUCUUAGUGCAAGUUGAAACAGAUCCAGCUGACCUUGUCUCUUGCAAGAAGACUUUGAAAUUUGAUUUGCAAUAUCUCUUAACAAAGCAAAAUAUCAACUGUCAUUUGCUGUGAAAAUUGUGGAACAUCUGUGAAGCAUUAAUAUUGUGGGCAUCAUACUAGUUUAGUUCCAUAAAAUAGCAUCUUACGGCACACAUUUCAUUCAAGAUGCUUUUGAGUUGUUCAGCAUACUUGGUAGAGUAUAGAAAGAGAUUCAUUUUACUGUAUUUUUACUAUUCAUUAGGCUAGCAGUUUUUCUUGACAUCUCCUUUCUAUCGGACUCAAUAGCUGACUCUAUAGCUAAUAGGUCUGAAAUCUAAAGACUGUUUACUUUGGAAAGAGGUCUCCUUAGGGACUGCCUGACUUUAUUCUUGAGAAUUAGUCCAAAUGUUUUUGUUGUGCAAUAUGCUUAUGUUUUCUUAUAUCGUUUAAUUUGUUAUAUAUAUGAUCUAUUAUGUGUGCCCUUUUUUUUUUCCAGCUAACUAGCUAUUCUUUUAGCCUUUCUACUAAAAUAAAGAACUUUCUGAUAACACA